AUGAAUUACUUUACCUUGAAUAAAUUUGCAUGGAUCUAUCCAUCAUUUAACACUAAAAUUAACAGCACGGAUUCAAUGGACAGUGACAUAUCCACGAUAUCGCGAUUGGACAAAAAUCUGGUCCACAAAAUAUGUUCUGGUCAGGUCGUAGUAACUCUAGCUUCUGCUGUAAAAGAGCUCUUGGAAAAUAGUAUUGACGCAAAGUCUUCUAAAAUAGAAAUUCGAUUAAGGGGCCAUGGCAGUGAGUCCAUCGAAGUGAUUGAUAACGGUGUUGGAAUCAGAGAAGAAGAUUUUGAGGGUCUCACUGGGAAAUAUUGCACUUCAAAGCUAAGUACCUUUGAUGAUUUGAGUUGUGUUGAAACCUUCGGCUUUCGUGGGGAAGCUCUUUCUUCUCUUUGCCAUUUAGCAAAAGUUACCAUACAUACCUGUGCAUUAAAUGCUAAAAUUGGCACAAAACUUGAGUUUGACUCUUCUGGACAAAUAACAGAUCGUCGAAGUUUAGCAAGAUCUCAGGGUACUACUGUGUGCGUUAAUCAACUAUUUUAUGAUCUACCUGUUCGUCGGCGUCAUUUAACUGACCCAAAUAGAUUACCAAAAGAAUUCGCCAAAGUUAUCAGCUUGUUAACAGCUUAUUGUCUUGUUUCCAUUGGUGUACAAAUUUCGUGCAGUCGUAUCGGAAAGAAAGGCGAGUUGAUUAAUGUAAUUUCAAAUGGACCUUCUAUAUCACUUAAAGAUAAUAUUUCUGCCGUAUUUGGUCAUGCACAGUUGGAUAAUCUUGUUGAAUUGGAACAAAUUGAUACUAUCCCAGAAGAUAUUUGUGAUGAGUUCAAUAUAAAAUCCUUAUCUAUUGAACAUUCUAUCAAAAUAUCUGGAUACGUAAGUAAACCUCCUGAUCCUUCUACAAAUACAUCAUCACUGAUUGGUAAUUCAUCUCCAUCUCCAUUACUAGCUAACAAACGUCGAACAUCUAUUGGCUAUUCUUCAUCAGAACGUCAAUUUAUUUAUAUUAAUGGCCGACCAUGUGACUUGCCAAAAAUUACACGUUUAGCUACUGAUUUAUGGCGACGUUGUUCCAAAGAAGCCUAUUCAUCUAUAACUAGUGGGAUAAGUUUACCUAAUCGAAGUACCACUAGUACAUUUCCAGUCCUUAUACUCCUAUUUACAAUGCCUACACAAUCUGUCGAUAUAAAUUUAACUCCGGACAAACGAACUUUAUUAUUACAUCAUGAAAAUUAUGUAAUGGCUUUAACAAAAGCUGUACUAGUUAAGACUUUAUUUAAUUCAUCAGGUAUGGAUAUUAGUAGUUUAUCACAAACGAAAAUUGAUUUUGAUCAAUCACAAAUUGUUACUGAUUGUGAUCAAUUGAAUGAUGAAUCACAAAUAAACUGUGUUUCAACUCCAAUUCAUAAACGUCAUUCACCUCCUGUACCAGAUAUCAGUUGUGUAUCACCCAAAAGAGCUCAUUAUUCUUAUGAUCAAACACCAUCAUUACAGUUUGAAAUAGUUGAUUUAAAAAGACUGGAAAAUUCAACACAUCAGUCGAACAAUGUACAAGAAAUUUCUUGUGAAAAUUCUAAACCAUCCAAUCUGAAGGUGGAUCAAUUAGAAGAAUCUCGUUCAGAAUAUGAAAUGGUGGAAGAUCAAUUAUUCUUUAGUGAUAAUAAUUUGCAAUCUAUCGAAGUGAAUUUUUCCAUGGAAUAUUUACGUAAUCAAUGGAAACAGAUUUUAUAUUCAAUACCAAUAUCAAAUAAUGAUAAUAAUCAUUACAAUAUAUCAAAUACUACUGAUAUUGAUGAUAAUCAUAUUGAAGAGAAGAUCAUAUUUGGUAAAUUUACAUCUAUGGAAAAUCAAGAAGCUGAAUAUGAAUUAACUACAUAUUUCAAGAAAGAAACUUUCAACAGUUUAAAAGUAAUUGGACAAUUUAAUUUGGGAUUUAUAAUAGCACAACAUAAUCAAGAUUUAUUUAUCAUUGAUCAACAUGCUAGUGAUGAAAAAUAUCGAUUUGAACAAUUAUCAGAAAAUUAUCGAUUUAAAAGUCAACCAUUAGUUGUGCCUCAAAAGUUGAAUUUAACAAUAACAAAUGAACAAGUGUUAAUCAAUAAUUUGGAUGUAUUCGCUAGGAACGGUUUCGCUUUUCGUAUUCACAAUGACGAACCUGCUGGUCAACAAAUAUCUCUUGUUGCUGCACCAAUGCUAGAAAAUAAAUUAUUCAGUUACAGAGAUAUUGAAGAAAUGUUGUUUGUAUUAUCUGAAACAUGUAAUAAGAAAUGUCGACCAUCCCGUUUGAGAGAUAUACUUGCUUCACGAUCAUGUCGUAGUGCUGUUAUGAUUGGAACAGCAUUAGAUCAUAAAAAGAUGAAACGAAUCUUAACAAAUAUGGGCUCCAUGGAUCAUCCAUGGAAUUGCCCACAUGGACGUCCAACGAUGCGACAUUUAUAUCAUUUAAACCCUUUAAAUGAAUAA